ACUAUGAAGGCUGGCUUGAGCCCCAAACACAAGUGGGCAAGGUAACCAGACUGGUCCGUGAGGGUUCCAGGAAGGAAUGCAGUUUCAAGAGAACAGUUUGGAUCUUUAUUCGAAUUGUUUUGGUAUAAUGAAGAGUCAACUACAACUUGACAACAGAAAUCUUCAGAAAAGCGACACAAAUACGUUCGCCUCAAGGAAUAUUGGGUCUUCUGCGCGGCCGUAGAUCUCCGACAAGUGCGCCUGCGCGGAAGAGGAGUGGUGUCGAGUCCGGCUGGGCAGUAGAGGAAAUUGCGGUAGUGACCCUCGGACCUCGCUAUGAAGACCCGCUUUAGCACCAUUGACCUCCGCGCCGUGCUCGCGGAGCUGAACGCUAGCUUGCUAGGAAUGAGAGUAAACAAUGUUUAUGAUGUGGAUAAUAAGACAUACCUUAUUCGUCUUCAAAAACCAGACUUUAAAGCUACACUUUUACUUGAAUCUGGCAUACGAAUUCAUACAACAGAAUUUGAGUGGCCUAAGAAUAUGAUGCCGUCUAGUUUUGCCAUGAAGUGCCGAAAACAUUUGAAGAGUCGGAGAUUAGUCAGUGCAAAACAGCUUGGUGUGGAUAGAAUUGUAGAUUUUCAGUUUGGAAGUGAUGAAGCUGCUUAUCAUUUAAUCAUUGAGCUCUAUGAUAGGGGGAACAUUGUUCUUACAGAUUAUGAGUACGUAAUUUUAAAUAUUCUAAGGUUUCGAACUGAUGAGGCAGAUGAUGUUAAAUUUGCUGUUCGUGAAUGCUAUCCACUUGAUCAUGCUAGAGCUGCUGAACCUUUGCUUACUUUGGAAAGGUUGACUGAAAUAGUAGCCAGCGCACCUAAGGGUGAACUACUGAAGAGAGUGCUUAACCCAUUGCUUCCCUAUGGACCAGCUCUCAUUGAACACUGUCUUAUAGAAAAUGGAUUCUCGGGUAAUGUCAAAGUGGAUGAAAAACUUGAAACUAAAGAUAUUGAAAAAGUACUUGUUUCUCUGCAGAAAGCAGAAGACUAUAUGAAAACAACAUCCAACUUCAGUGGGAAGGGAUAUAUCAUUCAGAAAAGAGAAAUAAAACCAAGCUUGGAAGCAGAUAAACCAGUUGAAGACAUACUCACGUACGAGGAAUUUCAUCCUUUCUUGUUUUCUCAACAUUCACAAUGUCCAUAUAUAGAAUUUGAAUCAUUUGACAAGGCCGUGGAUGAAUUUUAUUCCAAGAUAGAAGGCCAGAAAAUUGACUUAAAAGCUUUACAACAGGAAAAACAAGCAUUGAAGAAAUUAGAUAAUGUUCGAAAGGAUCACGAAAACAGAUUGGAAGCUCUUCAGCAGGCUCAGGAAAUAGACAAACUGAAAGGAGAGCUCAUAGAAAUGAACCUACAAAUAGUUGACAGAGCCAUUCAGGUAGUUCGAAGUGCUUUAGCUAACCAGAUAGAUUGGACAGAAAUUGGGUUAAUUGUGAAAGAAGCCCAGGCUCAAGGAGACCCUGUUGCAAGUGCAAUCAAGGAAUUAAAACUACAAACAAAUCAUGUUACAAUGCUGCUAAGAAACCCAUACUUGUUAUCAGAGGAGGAAGAUGAUGAUGUUGAUGGUGACGUCAAUGUUGAAAAAAAUGAAAUUGAACCACCAAAAGGAAAAAAGAAAAAACAAAAGAAUAAACAGCUGCAGAAGCCUCAGAAAAAUAAGCCCUUACUUGUAGACGUUGAUCUCAGCUUGUCGGCAUAUGCCAAUGCCAAAAAGUAUUAUGAUCACAAGAGAUAUGCUGCUAAGAAGACACAAAAAACAGUUGAAGCUGCUGAGAAGGCAUUCAAAUCAGCAGAAAAGAAAACAAAGCAAACAUUAAAAGAAGUUCAGACUGUUACUUCUAUUCAAAAAGCAAGAAAAGUGUAUUGGUUUGAGAAAUUUCUAUGGUUCAUUAGCUCAGAGAACUAUCUAAUUAUAGGUGGACGAGAUCAGCAACAGAAUGAAAUAAUUGUGAAAAGAUACCUGACACCAGGAGACAUUUAUGUACACGCUGAUCUUCAUGGAGCUACUAGCUGUGUAAUUAAGAAUCCAACAGGAGAACCCAUCCCCCCACGGACCUUGACUGAAGCUGGCACAAUGGCACUUUGCUACAGUGCUGCUUGGGAUGCACGAGUUAUCACUAGUGCUUGGUGGGUGUACCAUCAUCAGGUAUCUAAAACAGCACCAACUGGAGAAUAUUUGACAACAGGAAGCUUCAUGAUAAGAGGAAAAAAGAAUUUUCUUCCUCCCUCGUAUCUAAUGAUGGGGUUUAGCUUCCUUUUUAAGGUAGAUGAGUCUUGUGUUUGGAGACAUCGGGGUGAACGAAAAGUCAGAGUACAGGAUGAAGACAUGGAGACACUGGCAAGUUGCACAGGCGAACUCAUAUCAGAAGAAAUGGAACAAUUAGAUGGAGGUGAUACUAGCAGUGAUGAGGAUAAAGAGGAACAUGAAACUCCUCCUGUAGAAGUAGAACUCAUGACUCAGGUUAACCAAGAGGAUAUCACUGUUCAGAGUGGUAGAGAUGAACUGAAUGAGGAGCUCAUUCAGGAAGAAAGCUCUGAAGAUGAAGGAGAAUAUGAAGAGGUUAGAAAAGAUCAGGAUCCUGUUGGUGAAAUGAAGGAUGAAGGGGAAGAGACAUUAAAUUAUCCUGAUACUACCAUUGACUUGUCCCACCUUCAACCCCAAAGGUCCCUCCAGAAAUUGGCUUCAAAAGAGGAAUCUUCUAAUUCUAGUGACAGUAAAUCACAGAGCCGGAGACAUUUGUCAGCCAAGGAAAGAAGGGAAAUGAAAAAGAAAAAGCUUCCAAGUGACUCAGGAGAUGUAGAAGUGAUAGAGGGAAAGGAUAAAGAAAAAGAAAGUACUGUACACAUUGAAACUCAUCAGAACACAAGCAAAAAUGUUGCGGCUGUACAGCCAAUGAAACGAGGACAAAAGAGUAAAAUGAAAAAAAUGAAAGAAAAAUACAAAGACCAGGAUGAAGAAGACCGUGAACUUAUCAUGAAAUUGCUGGGGUCUGCAGGUUCAAACAGAGAAGAAAAAGGGAAGAAGGGGAAGAAAGGAAAAACAAAGGAUGAACCUGUGAAGAAACAGCCCCAGAAACCCAGAGGUGGACAAAGGAUCUCUGACAACAUUAAGAAAGAAACUCCGUUCCUUGAGGUUAUAACUCAUGAGUUACAAGACUUUGCUGUAGAUGAUCCACAUGAUGACAAGGAGGAGCAAGAUCUGGAUCAACAGGGAAAUGAGGAAAACCUAUUUGAUUCUUUGACAGGCCAGCCACAUCCUGAAGAUGUAUUACUGUUUGCCAUUCCAAUAUGUGCCCCUUACACCACCAUGACAAAUUACAAAUAUAAAGUGAAACUUACUCCUGGAGUGCAGAAAAAGGGAAAAGCUGCAAAAACAGCCUUGAAUAGUUUCAUGCAUUCCAAAGAAGCAACAGCAAGAGAAAAAGACUUAUUCCGCAGCGUAAAGGACACAGAUUUAUCAAGAAACAUUCCUGGCAAAGUGAAAGUGUCUGCACCCAAUCUUCUGAAUGUAAAAAGGAAAUAGCUGAAAUGAAAUUCUAAAAUAUUUGAGAAGAGUCAAUUUUAUAGCCUUUUGGAAGUUCAAAGAUGAAAACACCAUGUAUCAGGACUUCUGCAUUAUAAAAAUGAACUAAACAUUGCCUUGCUAUAUUCACCAAAAGGACUUAAUUCUUGUUUUUUCCCCAGUUUUAUAUAGAAGAAACACUGUCUAUGAUAGGAUUUCCUAAAGUAUUUGUGGAUAGUUAAAUGCUAAUUAUAUACAUCUGUAAUUAUUCUACAUUUUCUUGACAUUUGGGAGGUUAAUACCAAGUAUUCAUUUCAUGAUGUAAAGAAACUGAACAGUGAAGUGGCUUGAUUGCUUAGACUAUUGACUUGGUAAGUCUACUGUAUAUAACAUCUAAUAUAUAUAUUACAGGCCAGCCACAGGGGUGUAUUUAGGAUUGUGUCUUGAACACUAAGUAUUGGAGUGGAUUUUCUUCUGCUUUCAUCUAUACUUGUCAAAAAAUAUAUUAGACCAAAAUGUAAAAUGUAAGUAAUAAUUCUCAUGACUCAGCUUAGUAAGUCCUAGAAGAAAUUGGUGUUAAUCAUUUCUAUUCAUUUGUAGACCUUCAGGUUUGACCUUAUUUUUUUCCUUGUAGUCUCAUUCAGUUCUGUACCAUUUUAAUUUCCACCUUUACUAAUUAAUUACCAAUAUAGCACGUUACAGAGUAUCUUAACCUAUAAUACCAGAAGUGCAUUUUAAGGCUUACCACUAAAGACUCUGACCCACUUUUCCUGUCUCUUAACAGAAUGGAAAAUGAAAUUAUCAUUAUUUCCAUUCCUUCAUGAGCUACAAAACGUUUUAAUUAAUUAAAAAAAAAACUUUGUAACUGACUGGACAACACCUGCCUGUAUUCAGCAUGACCACCUGCUCCGGCCCCUGCACUGAAGCGUUAAGGUCAAAGUACUACAUAGUUGUUGGUCCUUCCACACUUUGUUUUCCCAGCAUCGUCAUAAUGUGAAUAUUAAUGUUUAAAAAAAAACCCUUUAUUAUGUUGUAUUUACAACACUAGGUUACAUGAUUAUAGACUACUCUUGCCAUUAAAAAAAAAUCUAUAAUGUUUU